AUGAAGAAGUUAGCUCGCAGGCAGCAGCAACAGCAACAGGACCAGCAGAACACCCAGCGACUGAACACAGUCCCAGCGAACACCUCCAAUAACCCAGGGAUGGAGACGAUGAUGAACCCUUACACCAGCUUGCCUCCGCAGCAGCUCCUGGCUAUUGAACAGAAUGGAUAUAACACCGAUCCUUUCCGACAAGGCCUCACUCCUCCUCAGAUGCCAGGAGACCAUAUGCACCCUUAUGGCAAUGAAACCCUUUUCCAUGACAUGGACAGCGAUACGUCACUCAACAGUUUAGGUGACUGCCUCCUGGCAACCAAUGAGGCAAGCUCCAUGCAGGCUAGGAUAGGAAACCCCAUUGAUCGGCUCUACUCCAUGCAAAACUCCUACUUUACUUCAUGA